UGGGCUCCAAUUCGUUUUGAGGCUGCUUCAGAGGCAGAGUGAACCGAUACUUGCAAGCUUCACUUCACCAGCCAGCCACGGAGCUCGAGGAUCGCGGAGGCCUCAUCGCAUUGUCCUUCCUCCACGCCCAUCCUCACAUUCUACUCCAGGCCAUUCGGGCUUGAGGAAUUUAAUCGAAGCGAGAUGGAUCCACCAACUGAGCUUUUAACGGAGCAAGAGGCUGCUGUUUAUGAUCGGCAGAUCCGUGUUUGGGGUGUUGAUGCUCAAAGAAAAUUAAGCAAAGCCCGCGUUUUGGUGGUCGGUAUGUCUGGUGUUAUUGCAGAGACUUGCAAGAAUAUAGUGCUUGCAGGGGUUGGAAGUCUCACACUGGUUGAUGACAGUAAGUUGACGUUGGAGGCUUCAGCUGCGAAUUUUUUGAUCCAAUUUGAUGAACUGGAGGGUCAAGGGAUCACUCUUGCGGAAGCAUGCGCAGCUUCGUUGCGUGAUUACAAUCCCAUGGUCCAGGUUAAGGCCGAAGCAGGCAGCAUCCAGAACAAGCCUGACAGCUUUUUUGGCAAUUUUGAUGCCAUCAUAUUGGGGCGAUCUUCUAUCAGUCUACGGAAACACGUAAAUGAGCUGUGUCGAAAACAAGGUCAUAGAAUUGGAUUUUAUUCUGUGGAUUGUAGAGGCACUUGUGGCAGCCUGUUUGUGGAUCUGAAGUCGCAUUCAUAUGUUUCGAAGAGAGCAAAAGACGAUAAAGAUGCACGACACGAGUUGACAUACCCAAGUCUUGAGGAAGCAUUGAGUGUACCGUGGAAGAGCUUUCCAAAGAGAACAUCCAAACUUCUUUUCGCUCUGAGAUGCCUUGAAGAUUUUGAACAUGCAGAGGGCCGUCAGCCUGGGCAUGUUUCUUCUCAAGACCUUCCAGCAUUACUGGCUUUUUGGAAGUCAGCUUGUGAAGCUCAGAAGGUGGCUGAAAAUCUUGUUUCAGAGCCUCUAUUCCAGAGAUUGCUGGGUUCAGGCAGCUCUGAGUUGCCCCCUGUAUGUGCUAUCUUGGGUGGCAUCGUUGGCCAGGAGCUGAUCAAGGCAAUGUCCGGUAAAGGAGAACCUCUAAGGAACUACUUCUUUUUUGAUGCUGCUGAUGGGAAGGGCAUUAUAGAAAUGGUUGCACCAAAAUAAGAAUUGAGCGUGCAGCCAAGCUUUUGUCCAUCUCCUUCAAACCCUGUACAGAAAGUUGAUAACCCUGUCACUUUACUAUCAGACUGUCAUUGAACCCAGUAUUGGGGCAUCAAUUAUCCCACACCUUCAUAUCAAGGAGGAUCAGCCUUAACGUCCGAGUACCACGUGGAAAAUGUCGGUGCAAGUUUUAUUUUCUUUCUAUUUUACCAUGUCAAGGGAAAACUUGCUUGCCUUAGACGUGUGCUUGCUCUGGUCGGACCACAUGAGCUUUACUACCUGA